AUGCAAUUGGAAGCUCUGUACGAAGAGUUGAGUGUAGUUGAACAACUGCACCACACCACGCUCCUGCCUGAGGAAGAAAAAGAUGCUACUGCAGUCGACAAGCUUCUGCAUGAGUUGGACUACACUGUCGAUAUCUUUCUCAUGGACUUAAUAAUGCAUACGAAUGAAAAAGAUUUGAUGUGUGAUACUGAUUCUACAGAUUCCGGUGAAACAACGGAAGAAGAUUCCUGUGAAACAGCAAUAGAAGAUUCGGAUUCUGAGAAAGAAAAUGAGGACCUGGAAUCGGACGAAGAGAAGAGAUUUCCUGAUGACUACGAUCUCCUUGCACCCAUUAGACCAUUCAUUCGUUACAAUGAAGAUACUCAUCACUUGGAGUACCAUAGGUAUCAUGAAGAAGAAACGACCCAGAAAGAGGAUAGUCCUGAUUUCUUUCCUACUGCCAAUUCCAUUCCUGCUACCAACAAUCAGCCCACACCCGACCAAAAUCCCGUGGUCCCCGACCAAAAUCUCGUGGUCAAUCCCGCUUAUUUGAGUGAUAGCUCAAGCAGCUCAGAUGAUGAUGAUCUGUUCCAUGAGGUCAACAUAGUUCCGAACGUAAUCCCGGAUUCAGACAAUAAUUUCAAUCAGCCAAAUUCUGAUGAAGUAGCUGCACCGAUACCGGAGGGGGCUAUGCCAGUGGAGGCCAAUCGCACACUAUCACUAUCAUCUGAACCUGUGUUUAUGAGCAUGUCGCGAUCCGGUGAUGGGCAAGAAAUCUCUGGACUCUUCCUGUUGUUGACUGAUGGUAACGGUAAGAACAGCAGUAAGCAGUAA